GCCGUUCUUGCAGCAAUGCACCGUAUCCAAAGAGUUGAAAGGUUCAGUUAUCGCAUUGCGUUCGAAGAGUUCAGUUCAAAAAUGCAUUCCAAAGUUCUGGUCGCCGUGAUUGUUCUGCUGCAGAUCGUCCUGAUCAGCUCCAGUCCAUUGUGGUCUAACCAUGACGCAAACUGGAGCUACGAGCCCCAGAUCGUAGGCUACAAGGAUCAGCUCAAGCAGUGGGGUCUCUAUCCGAGAAUCUUUCGGUACGGAACCAGCCUAACCACCCCCAAGUUCAACGGACCGAAGCGGAACACCAAAGAAUCGUCCACCGUGAAAAAAUCGGAUUGGCGCGGACGGAACGAGGAAGUGGCCGGUGUUGUGAGGAAGGUGCAACCGGCCAGCCUGAGCGAGUGGGACGCCCAGCAUCAGACCAAGUACGAGCGCGUGUUCCGGAAGUUCAAGGAGCAGCGGCUGAAGCGCAUGGAGCAGGAAGUGGCGGAGCUGUUGUGGAAGUGGUAGGAGGAUGG